AGCAACGACUUUUUCUCUGCAGUGAAGCAACGACUCACCCUUCGCAGCAUUUUGCUCGUUGUUUGUGACGUUUGAGUGACCUCUGACUGCCUCCAUGGAUACGGAGGAGCGCGAGGGCGCCGCGGCACCCCCUGAGUCAAUCGCCCGCACGGUGAAGGGGAGGCGUCAGGCAGCCAAGAAGAGCAGCGCGGCGAUGGCGCGACUUCGCGUCGAGGAGCACCAGAAGAAGAAGAGCAAGGGCAGCAAACAGCAAGGCAAACAGCCCGCCGCAACCGGCGCGGCCUCCCAGGCCGCCACAGCAGACGCCGAGGGUGAGGGUGAGGGUGAGAGUGAGGGUGUGUGCGUGUGUGUGCGUGUGUGUGGUGCAGGAAGAUGGAUGAACUCAAUACCUUUAUGGCGUCGACGCUGGGCAUGCCACGCGACGAGAUCAAGCUGCUGAUCGAGCAGAACGUGGCCCGUGCCAUGCAGGGUGUCGCUGCUGCAGCACCAGGCGGCCACAACCCACCUGCGCCGGCAGCAGACAGCCCCCCGCGCCCCGCAUUCGACUACGCCGCCAUUCGCGAGAGGCUCGAGAACUCCAUCCAAGACCUCAGGAACACACUAAACGACACGACCAAGGGUGAGUGGAUACAAUCGGGAGACGGUGAGGUCACCGGUUGGGUGUCAUAUUCCUUUGAUAGUGCGGACGAUCGAGGCGUUGCAGAGGAGCCCCGGGGCGAUAGCUGACCGUCUUCCCAAGCGCUGGCACGCAGCCAGGACCACACAGGAGUGCACGGGUACGUUUGUACGAGCCAAAAGAUGACCACCCAUGAAUCAGUCAUGUGUGGUGCGACAUCUCUCAUGGCCUGCAGGACCACUGAUCCGCCAUUACCUCUGCGUGCCGCGUUUCCUCGGUCCGUCGGUGGCCCUCGAGAAGGCGUGCGAGGCGCUGGAGAAAGAGCACGACACUCGCGAGUGGGCCACGGCGAUCAAACGGCUGAGGGAGCUCGACAUUGAAACGGUGGGUGGAGUGGGGUUGGAACGGGAAGGGGGGAUAAUGCCUGCACAUCGCAUUGCGUGUAUGCGUGCGUGUAUGUACUUGCAGGAGCUUGGGUUGAUGGUGGAGGCGAUGGAAGCCGGCGGCAUGGUGCCGGCAUCCCCUUCAGCAGCCGAUUACAUAUCUACAAUCAACAAGAUGACUGCGACCAGCGGGGAGGAGACUGACAGCGAACACGCUCGGGAGCAGUACCCACCACUCUCCGAGUACGAACUCUCCGCCCCCGAGUCGUUCCCCCGCCCCCUCAGGCGCGUGCCCGACGCCGCGCCCGCAACGACCAAGUACCAAUCGAUGCGGUUCGCACCCCCUGGUGAGGAGGACGGACCCGAAUGGCUCUUCAUCGCUGAAGGUUCGCGAGGCGGAAGAAAAUUGGGCAUCAGCAGAUGACUUCCUGGCCUCUUGUGUGUCUCGUGGUGUCCGUCAGGACGGUAUCGCAAGACUGGAGAGGGUGAUGGCAGGGCUCUCGAGCCCAACGAGGGAGGAGAAGACAGCUACGUCGUCGUGUAUGGAACUACACACGGCCCCCAGCUCUCGUUCAAAGAGUAAGACACUCACACACACGCAUCCAUAAACACACAUGAAUUAAUGCUGUCCCUGUAUGGUCAGGGCUGUUCUGCACCUGUUUGUGCUCUUCGUGCUCGCCCACUAUGACGACACCUUCGAGGCUGACGCUAUCUUUCUGGGUAAGGAACGGCAGCGAGGCAAUGACGAGCAUACAUUCGACACUUUGUCAUGUUUUGCUCGAUCCAGAGCGUCGUUUGUAUCAGGUUGUUCGACUUCUUCAGCUUCGAGUGUUCGACGGCGUCAUGGAUGCGGGCAUCCCGAUGCUGCUGGGGCUCAAGCCGCCCGCCGGGGGCGGAGGGUCGCCGCUCGAGACCAGGGCCGGCCUGCUCGGAUUCCGUACGGUGGCAGCGAAGCUCAAGUUCGAGGUCGACGUGCCCAUCGCCGGUCUUGAGGACCUGCAGCGAGAGGCGGCGCGAAUGGUCAUGGGCGGCGAGGAGGAUGGGGACGAAUUCGUUUGAGUGUGGAUCGCUUUCCAUCGCAUGUGUGUGAGUGUCCGUGGCUUUCUUGUCGAUAGAUGACUUCAUCCACCCCAUCCAUUCAGCUCAUCAAACAGGGCAGGCAGGCAGCCACACAGCCGGCCCCAAACAGCCCAUGAGCCAGAAGGGUCAGUCAGUCUGUCAGUCAGUCAAUCUGUCUAUCUAUCAAUCUGUCGAGCUGUCUGUCUGUCGAGCUGUCUGUCUGUGGGUGGGUGGGUGGGUGUGGAGGGAUGGAUGGAUGGAUGUGGGUGUGUGGCUUGCAUUUGGGUAGAGUAGUGGCGGGCGAAGGGCAUUUUGAUAUCGCAUAUCCUUCUGGUCUGCCGCGGCCUCGUGUGUGUGUUGUGAAUAGACGUCUGGUGUACAUAUGACCUCUGAAUUGACUCAAAAGUCGUCGGAUCUCUUCAUGUACAUGUCUCAAACAGAGAGAACUGGUGAUGGACAGCAGAGAACUGGUGCUGGACAGCAGAGAACUGGUGAUUUACAGCAGAGAACUGGUUCUGGCUGGAAAGGUCGGUUCUCGCGGUGUGGAACUGGUUCUCCCACCACGGAACGUCUGCCUUGCGCGACCAUCCCAUCGAAACAAUCCCCUUUCAACCGUCGUCCGUCGCCGUAUAUUGAUAUGUCUGUCUGGUCGAUGCCUGCAGGCCGGAUGACCACGAGUGCAGCGCUGCCUCGACAGCCAUCGCGGAGGAGACCGUCAUCUGCCGCAGAUGCCGGCGGUGCAUUCGUGUCCCGGCCAACAUGACACCUGAGAGGCACUGGAGCAACACCAGGCAAGAGACUGCCCGGGCGAGAGACUCGCCAGCGGUGUGCGGUCAGCGGCUGCUCGGCCCCUCUGAAGGUCUUUACGGCCUGCCCCAGCUGCAACAAAGUGGUGUGCAUCAAGCACAGGUUUCCUGAUGACCACGACUGCCCGGCUGCCACCGUCAAGCCGACUGGUGCUGCACCACAGAGGAAACAGGGUGGUCCAAAAGGUUUAGCGGCAUCGGCAUCGUCUGCCAGCAGCGGCCAGCCCAAGAAAGUGAGCGACAAGCACCGGGCUCUGGCGAACAAGGUGGAGCGGAUGAAGGUCAAGCAAAAGGCGACCGGCGACACGGCGAUACCUACCCAUCAUCGGAUCGCUGUCAGGGUCCUCACCUCCCCCUCUGUGUCUGUGCCGGCCGCCACCGGCAAGCCUCCCUUCUUCGUGUUGCUGGACGGCAGCAAGACGAUCGGCUAUAACCUCGAUUAUAUCUGCUUGCGGCUGAUGGGGGCGGCCACCAGCGGCUGGUGGUGCUGCAUGGGGACGCGGAGGAUGAGUCGGCUGUGUGUGUGCUGUCGGGUUUGUGCAGUGAGGGGGUUGAGAGCUUGGCCCUUCCGAGGCGAAAAAUAAUGCUCUAAGUUGAUGGUCUACAAUGUUCAACAACUUCAGGGUAGCUGAACUUGCGCUACCUUGAGCUCAAAAAAGAGAAGGAACAGGUGCAUGGGAGACCAGCACGGAGACAUCCAUCCACUGUCCAUGAUAUGUGUGCUGUAUCUAUGGGUGGCGAAUGCAGCUGCGUCACGAGCUGUUCAGUGACUACGACCCAUUCAAGCUGCAGCUGUCCAAGAUGCAGAUGCGCAAUGAGGGGAACGCCAAGAUGUGUGGGAGGGGUGUGGCGUGGCGCGGGAGUCAGCUGUUUCUUGAGGUCUAAACGCUCUAACGCUCUCUCGGGUGUGUGUGGGUAUGUGCGGUCGUUGCUUCAUGCCGUGAAUGCAUGUGCUACAGGUGUGACUCACCUCCAUCUUUUAGUAUUCCGUGUGUAUCUAUCGUUCUCUCGCCGAUCUCAGACACGCAGACAGACAGACAGACAGACAGGCUGGCCGAAGAUGGAGUAGGUAGCAACGUCUCUACAUCGACUACAUUGCCA